CCUUAACAUUUUUCCUAUGCUCUCUAUUGAUCUCUCUGAUUGCCUGCUAAAUGGUAAAAUGCGUACUAUACUGUAAAUAGAGCAACUGUUUCCUACUGCAUCAGUUCAUCGAGACGGGAAUAAAGAACAUUAUAUUCCCAUUUGAUAAUCUCACUUCCCCCUCGUUUGAAAUUCGAAGGCCACAAAAUGUUCAGGGCGAGAACUCGAGGAAGCAGCAUGGGAUUUCACUUCCAUGUACAUCCCACACACUUGAACACACCUGAUUGUCCUGAGAAGCUUUCCCGGAAAUCUCCAUAGUGUGACGACAGCCAGGAAAGUUCAUAACAUGGACAAGCUCAUCUGAGAAAGGUGUAACAACAACACCAACGACGAGCUUCUUUCCGAAUCACACUUGUGUUUAGGUUGUUGGGAGGGUGCAUCUCAUUGGCCCAGAGAAUCUACUUAUGCAAACUGUACAAGGACCCACAAGUUCCCUUCAAAAUAGGCCACGACAGGUUCUAUCGUGACUGAAUUGGAGGACAACAAGACCACACAGAUUAGGACACAACUGUCAAAAUGUCCACUAAAGUCCAAUUCAAGGAUCCAAAUUUCAACAACAUUGACGAAUAUCCUCCUCGUGCCACUGAGGAUUUUGAUGACGAGGAGUGCAGUGCCAAAAUCAGUCAAAGGUCAUGUCGGGCUUUGAUUAUCGGAUCAAUGCUGUCCUUUAUUCACGUGUGCGGGAUUUUGGUGUCCACUUACCUUCUAAUCCGGAGAGUCUGUGAGCCCGACAUGCCCGAAAAGCCCAUCAACCACAUAUGCACCACUGCCCUCUUGUGUCCGUUGUACAAAGUGUUCUCUGGUCUCGCAGGAAUAUCCAUACAACUUUCGGGCUCUGUGGUUGGCCUCACUGUCAAUUUGUUUCUCGUGUUGGGCACUCUAAAUGAGGCCGGGUGGGCCCUGCUGGUUUGGCUGGUGGCCUACGCCAUAGGCAUUUGUGGUUGUGUGUUUCUUUUUGCGGUCAUGCUGCAUCUUUUGGUGGAAAGACAAUGGAACGAGAACGAUGUGCACAUUACCACCAUGCUACUCACUUUGAUUCCAUUGCUGAUGGCCGUGAUUUACAUGAUCUUUUGGAUGAUCAUCGUGAAAUUGUGGAAACAUUACAAAAAUCGAGAGAACCAAAUUUACAUCUGCUAUGAUUGAGAAAAAGGGAUAGAUAUAGUUCAAUAAUGUGACCUGUAAAGGAACGUGUUUUAUGCAACAUUGGUUACUACAGUUAUUGCCACCACCUCAUAAAACAACAUAUUUCUGAAAGGCUACGUCAUCUCUAAUUUGUUAACCAUGAUUUGGUCUCGCUAUAAACAGUUAACUUUGUCAAUGUUGAA